AUAAAAUUUUGUGACCUUGUUGGUGUUUUAAAACAUACUGCAUAGCUAAUUCUGUAUUUUCUAGACAUUAUGGAGGAAGGAAAAGAAAUGGCAGCACAUCCCUCAAGUCAUGUGAUUGAAGAAAACCUGGGUAUUUGCAUGAGCAACGUUUCAGACUUCCCUCUUCUGGCUGAUGAAAAGUUUGAUUUUGAUCUUUCACUCUCUCCAGCAAGUGGAAAUGAAGAUGAAGUCUUUGUCGGACCUUUGGGACACAAAGAAAAAUGUAUUGCUGUCAAUAUUGAAGCAAAAAAAAGUGCUGAAGAAAAGAGUGCACCUGCUUCUGAUGAUAAACUCAUGUGGAGCCCACUUACAGGAGAGAAAUUUGUGGAGAUUUUCAAAGAAGCUCAUUUGUUAGCACUGCAGAUAGAGACUGGAAGCAAGCAUGAACAGACUAAAAUAAGCCAAUCGGAAGAACGGGAAAACAAAAUUAUAGAAAAAUUUGUGGAGGACUCAAAGUCAAAAUUGAAAAUACUGAGAAACCAAAACAUAGAGAGAAGUCCCAGGGCUGUUAAAAGGGAGACAUACUGUGUGUGGGAUAGCCCAGCAUGUCAGUUGCCACCUUGUUUUCAGAAGGAAUCAGAUAAACUUUUGUCAGAUGACAAAACUCAUGCUCUUCAUACUCCUCCAAACAGAAGUCCUGUUAAAAUUCAUGUAUCUCCUACAAAAAUUGCCAGUUCACUUCUGACACAAGAACCAAAAAAUAAGGAAAGAAAUAUGAAGGCACCUGGCAAACUGCCAAUGGCAAAACCUUCAUCUACUCUUGGAAAAAGCGAUUUGUUGACUAUUGAAAAGCCCAAACCAGGAAAACAUACUAGUAUUUCUACAAGAGACCUGAACAGCAUGGGGUCGUCUGAAGAACUAAUUUCUGAUAGAUCUAGUGCUGCUUCAGAUGUCUUUGAGUCUUCGUUCAGUGGCAGUUCCUCAGCGCAGGACAAAAAAGCCCUUCCUGCACUAAGUAAGCCUGGCUUAAAGAUAACACAUCUGAAACUUCCUGGUGUUGCCUGUGGUCUCACAAGGAAGACUACUUCGUUGUCUUCGUCAUCAGUUUCCAGCAUGAACUUGAGUCUGAAUUCAAGUUUACCCAUUUCUCCUGUAGGAAAAAAUGGAAAAUCAAGUCUGUCUUCAAAACCUAGUGUGAGUGGCUCUAAGCUUUCAUCUAGUACAAACAGGCAGUCCUUUGUCAGACCUACCAGAGUGUCAUCUCUGCAGGCUGCUAAUACUGAGAAAUCCAGGAAGCAAGCAAGAUCAGCUAGUACUCCCAAAAUAUCUAGUGCUGUAAGCUUGGCUAAAACUUUGGCUUCUGCAACAUCAUCUGAGGCUGUAGGCAGUGGAAUUCAGAGGCUGAGCUCUGUUCCCAGUCUGCAGAAGCUAUGUCAGCAGAACAAAGAUGGAAGUGCAACAAAAAGAAGCCCGUGUCCAAAGCCCAAGGCUAGAGUUGUGUCUGUUCCUACAAGUCUGACUAAAGUUCCAGUGAAGACUGGAGAUAUACCACCAAACAAAUCAGCACCAAAAGCAACACCAUCUCUUGGAUUAACAUUUUGUGGCACACUUGGAAGUGCCAUGGCAGUCAGCACUCCUGUGAAAGCCUCAGAAGAUGGGAUUUUUCAGAAUUCUUGUCUUCCUGAGAGGUCAGUCUCCGUGACUCCUGCCAGUCUGAAAAGGUCUGGCUUACCUACACCUGUUCGUCGUAUCUCAGGAUUUCCGGCAGUGACUCCUAAAACUGCACCAAGAAUGGCAUUUACUCCACACACUGCAUCUAUUCGCCAAAGUUCCAGCUUUUCUGCUAAAAAGACUCUUACAGCUGGUUCUAAACAGACAAAAGAGAGUAAGAUGCCGAUAUCUUCUUCAGAAGAUGAUAUAUCUCCUCCACCUGUGCUACCUCUUGCACUUAACUUCUCACCAGAAAAAACUGCUACAGAAGCAGUAGAAAAUGAAUUAAAAGAGGUUGAAGUACAAAAUCAGCUGGCUGAAGAGAAACAAACUGAGGCCUUACUGGUAGAUAUUGGAGUAGACAAAUCUCUCCCAUACACUUUGGAAUGUGAAAGUAGACCUCUGAUUGACCUUUCCAAUACUCCUGAAGUGAGCAAGAUUACUCCUCUAAAGCCUGUGUUCUCAGGGCAGGUAAAGCUAAUUGAUUUGAGUUCACCCCUUAUCAUGCUGAGUCCUGAUGUAAACAAAGAAAAUCUGGAUUCCCCUCUACUCAAGUUCUGAACUUGAGUUGAAAUGAAGAAUUCUCGGCAUCCGUAAUCUUUAAAGUGUUCAGGAGUUACUUUUUACUCAGUUGUUUUUUUGAAGAUGCUAUAGAUUAUCUGGUGAACUGCAUUAACACGAUAGAAUUCUAACAGUCUUGAUAUAGGCAAACUGAGUGAUUAAUGGUUCUGUUGAUGGAUGUGUUGCAAUGGAUGUAUUUAUGUGUUGCUCUAAGGCAAAAGGGAUAUUCUCUGUAUUGGAAGCCUGUCUCUUUUCCCUACCAAUUAUCCUUUGAUUCCUCAUCCCCUAUGUGAAACAAAGGUUUAAUUUAAAAUAAAUGAGUUGUUUAUCAGACUGUUGUACAAAAUAGCAACCUUUUAUUACA